AUGGACGGUCCAGCCCUCGUGCCCGACGAUGUGCUCGACCCUCUACCUCCGCCGCCGCCGCGGCUGUUCGAACGCCUUCGCCAGAUAGCUGGGUAUAGCUGGGAUGAAUCGAUGCCGCCCUUCCACUCAACAUAUGACUUUUGGCACGUCUUCGGCACCCGAUAUGUUUCUCCCUCGCUACCCCCCUCCUCCUCAUCGCAGAACGCUUCCAGUCCCGGCUCCGUUUCCAAGCUUCAGUCCGGUCGCCCAACUCCCUCCGAUCAUGGCGGCCCGCUCUCCAGCUACAGCUUUGGCUACAGCAGCGAACCGCCCGCCUCUCCACAACCUACCGCCCACUCCAAUCCCCUCGCCUCACCUUCUACCGAUGCAACAUAUAUCGAAGAGUCCGUCGUGGCGCGCGUGUCGCACCAUGCCCUCCGAGAGGAGAGGGCCUUCCAGAUCGCCAAGAGCGUCUCCAACACGGCCGACCCCAACGGCGACCAUAUAGUAAAACCCCUUGAUUUGAUCCGGCUAAGCCCGGUGACUGGCGACCGCGGGGCUAUCGUCGUGGCCAUAUAUCAGCACCCGGGCCCCAAUCAACUGCUUGAUCUCUUGGACAUGGGGCCGGCCUUUUAUCAUGCGCGCAAAGACGGCGAUGCAUACCGAGCUUACUACAGCAGACCGACCCUUCAGCCCCCCAUAAAGCUUGAACUCUUCCUCGACUUUGCGAUUGGUGCGACUCAAUGCUUGGAGAUUCUCCACCACAGCCGAGGCAUGGUCCACGGAGAGAUUCGGGGAGAUGCGUUCCACUUCAACGCCGAAGAAAACAAGGUCCGGGUCAUGUCCUUCGGAUCCGGCGUCCGGUCCUUUGAACAUGGCUUGACUAGCACCGGCUGGUCGAUGCUCUCGAAAGAGCUGGGGGGCAGGAACAAGCUGCUCUUUAUCAGCCCCGAACAAACUGGUCGCAUGCCCGCCGAACCCGAUACCCGUACCGACAUCUACUCGCUCGGUGUUGUCUUCUGGACCCUCCUCACUCAACAGCCCGUGUUCACUGGCGAAUCAGCUCUCGACAUAGUCCAGGCAGUGCUCGGCCGCAGAAUUCCCAAUGUCGCGACCGUACGGAUGGAUAUACCAGAUGUCAUUGGGCGGGUUAUCCAGAAAUGCACGGCCAAAAAUGUUGCUGACCGAUAUCACUCGGCCAGCGGGUUACGCCACGAUCUAAUCAGCAUUAAAGAGUACCUUGAAGAUGGCAACUCAAAAGCUCUCAAGGAAUUCAAAAUCGGCACGAGCGAUGUCUCAUCCUUCUUCAUACUUCCAACUUCCAUGAUUGGUCGGCAAGAGGAAAAGGCCGCCGUUCUCAGGGUUAUCAACCGUGUUGCCAGGAGCCAUGCUGCCCUUCGUAAAGGCCCUACCAGCAGAUUCUCGGACGGAGCUAGCCUCACCGAGAUGAUGGCAUUUGACGACAUCUCCAGCGAAGGCGGUGCCAGUUCAAUCGAUGGUCACAACCGCAGGAGCGGAUCGUUUGCCCAAACAAUAUCGUCCGAGACUAGAGCAACGAAGAACAACUUCUUCCCCACAGUUAUAUCAGAGACCAUGACCUUAUCAACUGAUACCACCUCUUCAUCCCAAUCUACUGCUGCCGCGUAUCCUAGAUUUACGAGGCCAUGGGAACGAUGGGAACGGCAUCAGUCUAUUUCCUUGGGCUCGCUGGACUCCUCAAGCAUGGUUGAUAGCUUAAAUGUGGAAGGACCCCGGGGUCCGCUCGAUAUAGGUGCGUCCAGUCUGUCUCGGCAGCUUGGCUCGUCCAAAUUUCGACGCCAUGGGCACUGCGAAGUCAUCACCGUUGAGGGUGCUGGAGGCGUAGGAAAGAGUAUCUUUGUGCAGUCAGUGCUGGCUGACGCUCGGCGCAAUGGCUACUGCGCUACGGCCAAGUUCGACACUGCAAAGAGGGCGCCCUUUGGACCGUUGCUGAAGCUGUUGUCGUCCCUUUUCAAACAGGUGUGGGGCGAAAGGGAUACGAAUACUCAGUUCCACCAGGGCUUGAAGCAGUACAUUCGUCCGGUAUGGCCAAUGCUGCACAGAAUCUUGGGGCUGCCCGAGUUUCUACUUGGCCCACCCGACAUGAAUCUUGCACGGCCAAUCUCCUCGUCUCAGAGCUCAGCCUCGCGCAAGGAUAUCCGGCCGGUACUGAAGCGCAGAACGUCAUCCCCUGGAACCGAAUCUCCCGGACCAUUGCAGCGAAAUCUGGCGGGUGGCGGAUCCCAGUCGUCCCAAGACUACCUCCGUGCUGGAGCCUCGACCAAAAGCACGCGUCUGAUUAACACCAUCCUAGAUGUGCUCAGGGUUUUCACCACCCACAAAUUCAUCUGCUUUUGUCUGGAGGACCUGCACUUUGCCGACGACGAAUCCCUGGAGCUCAUCUCGCAAAUCAUAGCCGCUAGGAUGAAAAUGGUUGUCAUCGUGACUUACAGACCAGAAGAGCUUUCACCUGCCAAGCUUCAGGCUGUUGUACAGCCGAUAGAAGUAGACGGUGAAUAUGCUUCUUUUCGCCCGGCCUUGCUAGAUGCUGAUACCGUGGCAGAAUACCCUCGCAGCUCACGGACGCAGGUAACGAGAAUCGUACUGAAUCCCCUUAGUGAGAGUGAUAUUCUUCAAUACGUGUCAGCAACCCUUUGUAGACCUCAAGACGAAAUUCUUUCCCUUGCUUUAGUUAUUCAGUCCAAGACAGCCGGCAACCCGUUUUACAUGCGAGAGAUGCUCAGCGCCUGCCACAGGAAGAGGUGUAUCUGGUAUGAUUACCGCGACAGUCAAUGGCACUAUGACAUGGAUAGACUAUUCGCCCAGUUUCAGGGCGAGAAAGAUUACGACGUUUUGGAUACCGCAUUCAUUACCCACCGAUUGGGCGAAUUACCGUCAGCUGCUCGAGCGGUGCUUGCUUGGGCGGCUCUCCUUGGGGGCUCCUUUUCGUUUGAGCUGCUAUGUCGGCUCAUGAGUGGAGAGUUUGAGUACCAUGACGAAGACGAAUUUCUAGCCUGUUCGAACCAUGUCACCCAGCGCUCCUACACCGAGGGAGAGGCCAUUGCAGGCUUACAAGCAGCCAUUCAAGCUUAUAUCAUCGUGCCAACCGAGUCAGACGACCGAUUUCGUUUCGCUCAUGAUCGAUACGUGCAGGCUUCUUCAGCUUUAAAGGAGUGCAAUGCCCGAAAAAUGCACUUCAUUAUUUCACAGACUCUACUGAAAUACUACGCGGUAGAGGCCAGGCAACGCGACAGCACUGCUUCGCACAUUUGUAAGGCCGUGGAAAUUAUCAAGCGCCGUGUACGCUGUCGUAGGGAGUUCCGCAAACUGCUGAUGGAGUGCGCACGAGAUGCGACUGAGAACGGGGCUAGGCCUACGGCGGCGAAAUACUACAGUGCCGCCGCCAGGCUCUUACAGGAUGAUCCAUGGUCUGACGAUGUUGAAGACGCAUCUUACGACGAGACAAUCCAGCUUUAUCUUCGGUCGGCGGAGUGCCAUCUUUACAUGGCCGACGUGACCGCGGCUGGCGAACUCCUUUCCAUAAUCUUCGCCAACGCCAAAAGCCCGGUAGAUAAGGCGCCGGCAUAUGUCCUGCAGUCGCGGAUAUAUGCUCAGAGCGGCAAUUCGCCAGCGGCAUUGGUUUCUCUGAAGGAGUCAUUGGCCUUGCUCGGCGUCUCGCUCGACGACGAACCGACGUAUGAGAAAUGCGACGAGAAAUUUCACAAGAUUGUUGCGCAGAUACAAGAUAUAGAUCGACAAGAACUAAUCACCCACAAGAAAUCAAGCGAUCCCGACAUUGCAUCCAUCGGUGCUGUGCUUGCCGAGGUAACCAAUGCAGCCUGGUGGAGCGACCGCUUACAGUUUUAUCAUCUCAGCCUGGCCAUGUUUGAUAUCUACCACGAUCGAGGCUCGUUUCCACAAUCCGGAAUGGUGUUUCUCAACCUGUCCGUUAUAGCACUGGCGCGUUUCAACAUGGUUUCGUUUGCCAUAGAUCUUAGCAUGGUCUCUCAGGACCUGCUCUUCCGGGCCCGCGAUGCCUACUCAUUGGCACGGGGUGAAAUGCUACAUCAAUGCUUCGUUGGACACAUACACUGCUCCAUGCCACUGGCUAUUUCCCAGAUGGAGGACGCAAUCGAACUGGCAUCUGUUGCCGGCGACAGGAUGUCGACAAUCCACAGCUAUGGAUUGGCUGCGCAAAUCAAAUUCUUUGCGAGCGAAAACUGCACCGAACUUGAAACGUUUUGCGAACUAGCCUGCGAGGAGAUUUUUAGAUGGGCUUGUGAUAGUAGAGGUGGAGUGAUGCUCAUUGCUGUCAGACAAGCUUGCCGAGCGCUGCAAGGCAAGACGCGCGUCCAUAACGCUCUGGAGAUCAUGACGGACGAAAAGCACAAUAGCGCAUCGUACAAAAACUGGAUGGUGGAACGAACAGGAGGCAGCAGCCGCCCUAUGCUUUUCUAUGAAAGCUUUGAAAUCGUCGUACUCUUCUUAUACGGUCACUACGAUCGAGCCAUUGAGAUUGGAGAGAAAUGUUUUGAUCAACUCGCCGAUCUGUGGUCAGCGAGGAAUACGAGGAUGAUUAUCUUCUUCUAUGGGUUGGCUCUUGCUGGUCGUCUGCUUCGACAAAUGCAGGACCCGCGCAGUCAACCUGGAGAUUUUACCGAAGAGAUCGCGCAGCUUGUUGAGAAACUCACUGGAUUUUUGAAAAUGAUUAACGAUUGGGCGACGGUGUCCAAUGUGAACUACUUUUCAUGGGUGAAGCUUUUGGAAGCACAAAUGGCAGAAUUGGCCGACCACCAUGGCGAAAGUGUCCAGGGCUACGAAGAGGCUCUGGAUCAUGCUGCCGAGCAUGACUUUGUGCUCGAGGAAGCUCUGGGCAACUAUCUCAUGGCAGGCUUCUUUAUCCGACGUAAAGCACGGCGAUCUGCCCGGGCUGCUCUUCUUGAUGCUUUGAGCUCGUUUAGACAAAUGGCAGCUUCUGGUGUCGCCCAUGCCAUCGAGGAUGCGCAUUCUCUUCUCUUACACGGGCCAACUAGGAACCACCGUGUGGCCGAUAUGGGAGUGCAGACCGAUUUCGUCACCGAUGCGCCGUCGGUUCAGUAUCGACCCGUGGAUGGAGAAGAUGAUGACGCGCUGACCCAGAUUCCUUCUAAUGCUUUGACUGAGUCCAAGGGGGAGCAGAUUGGGGCCUGGAGAAACUCAAUGCACAUGCAGACGGAAGACAAUGGCGGGCUCCCUGCUCUCGAUAUGAUCGAUUUGCAUGCGAUCCUCAAGUCUUCACAAGUCAUCUCAUCACUGCUACAGGUGGAAGAGCUGCUCAAGACCAUGUGUGAUGUGGUUCUGCAGACUUGCGGCGGCUCAGCUACCAACGCUGCUAUUGUGGUUGAUACUGACAGCGAUGGCUGGUGUGUAGCUGCCAGCGGCGACCCGGAGAAGGGAGCCUCGGCGCACAAACCAGCCUUGCCCCUCGCGAGCACGCCUUUGAUUGCCGAGAACGUUGUACUGUAUUGUACGCGAUUCAUGGAAAGCGUCUUUAUACCGGACAUCGUUUCCGACGAGAGAUUUGGCAACGUUAGCGAGUCUUGGAUGCAAAGGAAUCCGACAAGCAAGGCCAUCAUUGCCAUUCCGAUUCGUCAUGCGGACAAGCCGCUGCUAGGCGUCCUGUAUCUCGAAGGCGUCCCUGGAUCCUUUACAGACCGCAACGUGACUGUUCUUCAGCUUCUGGUUAACCAAAUUGGCAUCAGCUACUCUAACGCCCUGUCAAUAAAGAACCUUGAAAAGGUCUCGGCCGAAAAUCUUUCCAUGUUGGAUGUGCAGAGGGCCGCGCUGAAGAAGGCUCUCGAGGCAGAGACGAAGGCGAAGAAUGCGGAAGCGGAGGCAAAGCGAAACGUCAAACUGGCCGAAGAGGCUGCCAAGGCUAAAUCCAUCUUCCUGGCCAACGUCUCGCAUGAAUUGCGGACACCUUUGAACGGAGUCAUUGGAAACUCGGAGCUUCUACGCGACAGCAACCUGAAUAGGGACCAGUUGGAAAUGGCAGAUUCGAUCAGGGUUUCGGCUGACCUUUUGCUCACUGUCAUCAACGACAUUCUCGACUUUUCCAAGAUGGAAGCGGAUAAGAUGAAACUUUUCAAUAUCGCCUUUAAUCCAGAAGAGAUGGUCAGGGAAGUCGUCCGGGCAGUUUCCUAUAGCAACCGGGAGAAGACGUCCAAAAAGAAUGUCAACAUCAUCCAGGAUAUUAACCUGCCUUCCAUGCUGAUCUACGGCGACCCGAUUCGCCUUCACCAGGUCCUCGGGAACCUCAUUGGCAAUAGCUUGAAAUUUACAGAAGAUGGAUCUAUCACCAUUGGCGCUCGUCUAGACGAAGAAACCGAGGAGAGGGUAACUCUGACUUUCUGGGUCCGAGAUACAGGAAUCGGCAUUCCACCCCAGCAAUUGGCCAAGCUAUUUCAACCAUUCAGCCAGGCCGACGCCAGUACGGCCAGAAAGUAUGGUGGAAGUGGCCUAGGGCUGAGUAUUUGCAAAUCACUCAUCGAGAUCAUGAUGCAGGGCAAGAUUCAACUCGAGAGUGAGGAAAACCUCGGCACAACUGCCUGGUUCACCGUUUCUUUUGAGAAGGCCAAGCCUGAUGUUGCUGCUGGAGAUGCUCAAACACAAACCUCAGGCCCUGUCGACAGGUACACGGCCAGGUCUGCUGCCUUCGUGGAGCGAGCGGCCUCUCCGAACCCCUAUCUUGACCUGACCCGGGUUCCCAAGAAAGACAUUCGCAUUUGCGUGGCGGAAGACAAUCCCAUCAACCAGAAGAUUGCCAUUCAAUACGUACAGCGUCUAGGAUACGCCAACGUUAGUGCAUAUGAGAAUGGUUUGAAAGCGGUAGAGGGUCUCCGCCAAAAGGCCAGAGAGGGUAUCCCUUACCAUAUUGUUCUCAUGGAUGUCCAGAUGCCGGUCCUUGAUGGAUACGAGGCCACCAAGCUCAUCCGAAACGAUCCAAUCGACGAGGUGCGCAAAAUCCUCGUGAUUGCCAUGACAGCAUCUGCAAUUCAAGGCGACCGAGAGAAAUGUCUGGCUGCUGGUAUGAACGAUUACCUUGCAAAGCCUGUUCGUGCUGAGGUUCUCAAGCGGAAGCUGGAUGCAUAUAUGAGCAACUCCAGGCCGAGCCCUCCGUCUUCUACCCCUUCUCCUCCCAACGCGUUGACAUAUCCGAAUACGACGAAUGGAUAUACCAGUGAAACAAAUUCGAUCGUGCCAAAAUUGCCACCACCCCCGAGAAAGCCCCUUCCUAGUAGCGCGUCCAGCACAAGUUCUGAGCCGGUGAUUCGGAAACCGGUUCCUGUCAGGUCGGGGUCGGGUUCAUUGCACGAGUCACUAUUCGACGGGCCUCACAACUCGGAGGAUUUGGAGCACGAGCACCCUGGAAGUCCCAUCUUUGACGUCGAAGAGCUGGAAACUCCCUACGGGGAUGAUUCAGUUGCCAGCCAAGCUGAUACAAAGAGCCCCUCAACAAGCAGGACCUCGAGCGAUCAGGAAUUCUCCGAUUCUGGGGCAAGAAGAGGGUCCGCGCAGAACCACCAGCCUCGAAAACUGAACAAGAGUCAAGGGAACAGCACCACCAGCGAGGUCAAGAUGGAAAAUGGUGUUCACGAGAAGGGGCCUCCCGUCAGAGAGGCCUAG